AUGGCCGAAGAUAAAGCUCAACGCCCGGAGACUAGGAUCAGAGACGCCUCACCGAGUGGCGUAGACAGUGAUCGCCCAGAAAUUGAGCAGGACGAGCAGGACGCCCCAUCAAAACAACAUCACGAGACCCAAGGAUCUGGCGGAGAAGACGUUGACGGCGGGAACAUGUCAAGGAAUGAAGACACGAUGCUGCGUGAAAUCACCACAAGAUCUCAACGGGACUGGGAGAGAUACCUGGUCGCCAAGGCCAUCCCAGAAUUCCAGAAUCCAGAAGACAUCUUUGACAGUCCCGAAGAAGAAGAAGAAGAAGAAGAAGGUACAUGUUACCAUAGCAACAGUGGUCCAAAAUCUGGUCCCGAUAAUGCAAGAAGUGAUGAACCAGACUAUAAAGCAACCGCCUCGGAAAAACCGCGCGUCGAGCCUGGGGACAUGAAACUACGAAAAAUAGUAAAUCAAGUCGUCAAAUACACCGACACCGUGUGUGACCGCAUGAAACUCUAUGGUGAUCGCUAUGAAUGUCCUUUUUUACUUGAUGUUACGAUCUUGAAAUACAUAGUAAGUGGACAACCCGAUGAAACACAACUACUACGAGAUUUGACGGACUACAGCAAUUUAGUGGUCAAUCUUCAAAACAUCACAGCAACGAUGGAAAAUACGUUCUGCAGGACUUGUGAAGUCAGCUUCACCUCAGAGAGUCACGCAGUGUCACACUACGCCGGUAAGAAGCACAAGAAAAGAGUCGACUACAGCCGACCACGACCAGCUGGAGCCAGACGGAACCGGUCUUCAUCUCCCUCAACCAGUGAGGAAGCAGCUACAGACGAAGCUCCGCCUCUAAAUCCUGGAGCCAGCCAUUCAGGAGCGAGUUCUCCUUCAUCAACAGGCCCCCAAGAUUACGACAGUCCUGGUAGGGCUAAUGAAUCUGGUCAUUACUAUUACUGCAAGGUCUGCAGUAAAAACUUCUCUGGGCCAGCCCCAAUGAAGCAACACAUGGAGGGUUCAGCUCACGAGAAACAGUUAAGGAAAGUUCGCAAAGUAGCUUCUCUUUCGAAAUUUCAAGAUGAAGAUCCCUCACCACAACUCCAGCAACAUUCUACGUCUUCAAAGUUUACUAGGAGAGAGUUCUCUCCUAGUCGUGAUGCCACUACUACAAGUGAUUCAAAACCAGAGUUGCAUCUCAACACCCCAACUUUUUCCCACUUUGCCAAGAAACCCAUACUUACCCCAAAACCCAGGCGCCAUGAGGUGAGGUCUGGCAACUUCUCUUCCGGAGAAAUGGGCACGAUACGCAGCGACCUGAUCCACAUGUGCAUGGAAAAGAUGAAGGUGGAAAUUUUCCGGGUAAUUCCCAUCAUCGCAGCAUCUGUUGUGGAUGCGGUGCUGGGGAUUUACCCAAACGGCAAGAUGGAACAGGAAGAAACCAGACAGGAUGAGGAUGGAAGAAGGGACGAGUCACAGGAUAAAGAAGAUGCCGUCUCCCAACACCCAAAAACGGAAACUAAGGAAGAUUUCUGUCCAGGUGAUGAUGCAGGAGGAAAUUGUUCUCACAGUUCUUCCGAUGAUGAAGGCCUUUUCAACCACGCGAAGGCUUCCAGUCCAGGACCUAAUCAAGUUGCAGAUGGAGCUGGUGAAGAGAGUUUGGGUCAUCAUGGAGAAGUUGAGGUUUUGCAGGUCGAAAACGACCUGGAUGGAACUCGUUUUCCCCAGAAUCUUGAACCGGAUCAUAAUCUCAAUUUCAGUAAUAUUGGAUCUGGAGGCACUGGCAGGGCGUCCGGCAGCUACUAUCCAGAGCAGGUGGAAUCUCACUACAAUAACGAGAAGCAACUAGGAGGUCACUCCGGACAGUCUUCUUAUGGUUUGCAGGGAGCUCUCCAUGGAGAUCAGGAAAACAUGGCAACGCAAUUUGGCUUCAGCGUGCAAGAAAUGGAGGAAAAUUUCAGCAGUGUCACAUCUCAAGAUCUCAUCCAGCUGGUGGAGCCAAGAAGUGUGGAAGAUGAGCAGUAUCACUCUGCCUUUUCCAUGGCAACUCAGGCAGACAACCAAGAUGGGGAGGUCUACCAUUCGGCUUCACCGCAGGCUUAUGGAAAGCGAAGCAUAUCAUGUGACGAGCGCAACAUGUCACCACAGCUGAAACUUGGGAGUGGUCCCCCCGGAUUGCAGCAGCAUGAAACUUGCUUCGCAGCAGAUGCUAGCCAGUGUGAGCUGUACCCAGGGGUGCCACCCCUAGAUGGAGAAACAUCCGAUGUGAGUGACCUCAUGAAUGUGGUCACGGAAAUCAUCCAAGCACUUGACAUUCAAGUUGGCGAUGGUAACACUCGGAAUCUGGUCCAUGCACCGCCAACAGAGGGCGCUAUGUACACCUUGCAAGCAGAGCCAUAGACGGAAUAAUGAUGACAGUCUGUUUGUUUUAGACUGCAAUGGUAUUUUUUUGGUAAACUUGAAUUAAGUCCUGUUAAUCCUAUUGCUUGUACAUAUGCACAAAGAAUUUUGUAGUUCUACUACAUGUAUUUCAAACUUAAAUAUUUUCAUACUGAAUGUAGACCAAUCCAUGUUAUCAUUUCAAUCACGAAGGCCCCCUUCAAUGGCGAAUGCAUAGUGCUAGCUAUUGUUCAGAUAAUUCGUCACAAGGCAUUUGUAAGUACAAUAGUUUGCACAAUGGUUUCCCCAUUGAAAGGGCCUUGUGAGUGACAAGUGAUCGCAUGUCCGGAUCUGUCUAUUUAUUUAUGGCUUUUUAACUUCUUGCUGGUUUGAGCUAGAAGAACGGUAUAGCAGGAUCUCAUCCAAUCAGACACACCCCAGCGUUGUAGUCAAAACCAUCAUAAGUCACAUCACAAGGCAAUCACAAGGCAAUCACAAGUCAAAUCACAAAUCUUGUCACAAGCCGGGAGCAAACAAUAGACUGUUUGCACUGCCGCCAUCUUUGGGGUGUGUGCUUUUUGUUCAACAGGGAUACGCAUGAAUCACGGAUCCUCUACAGAAGGAUAAACGACUUCCCCAAGUUUCUGGUUAGAAGCAUGAUACGGCACUUGCACAUCGUGCGGGCGCUUGCAUGUCUUGCAUGGGUGUGUGCGAGACUCAGCACGUGACUGCAGUCCUUCAGCGGUCAAAUUUCUUUCAGGACACCUGGGCCCAAAUUCACGGCGCUGCUAAGCACAAAAAGUUGCUUAGCACAAAAAAAGUCU